AUGUACCGAGUUUUGCGUAAACUGCCACUAUUCAUUAAUAUUUCAAAACAUCGCUAUUCGACAAAAAAUAAUGAACUAAUAAAUAAUCUUAAGAAAGCGAUUAAGGUAACAGGACCUAUAUCAAUUGCGCAAUAUAUGAGAGAAGUAUUAACAAAUUCUCAUGGUGGUUACUAUAUGGCGGGUGACGUAUUUGGUAGAGGAGGAGAUUUUGUUACAUCUCCCGAAAUUAGUCAGAUAUUUGGUGAGUUGAUUGGAAUAUGGUUUUUGACACAAUGGCAAAGUCAAGGAAAACCAGACAAAAUCCAGAUUGUAGAAUUGGGUCCUACAAAAGCAUCUAUUGCUUUAACUGGAUCAUUAGCAUAUGAGAAGUUCAAGAUUGGUGAUAGAAUUGAAAUAUCCCCAGAUUCGAUGAAAAUUUCUAAGCAAAUUGCAAAACAUAUCAAAGACAAUGGAGGUGCAUCACUUAUUAUUGAUUAUGGACAAGAUUUCAUGCAAGGAAAUACUUUGAGGGCAAUAAAACGACAUGAGUUCGUUCAUCCAUUGAGUGAACCAGGGCAAACAGAUUUAAGUGCCGAUGUGAAUUUUUGUUAUCUAAAAGAAUCAGUAACAGAUUUAGCAUAUUUGUUAUUAGUCGACACGUAUGGUCCUAUAACCCAAUCGAAAUUUCUUCAGUCACUUGGUAUAAAAGCUAGAUUAUCAAUGUUGUUAAAAAAUGCAUUGCCCGCACAACGUAAAGAUUUAAUAUCUUCAACUGAAAGACUUGUUCAUCCCUCGGCAAUGGGUGAAAUUUAUAAAGUAUUGGCUUUUGUGUCAAAAGGAUCUUUAGAUGCACCCGUUGCUUUUGAAAAAUCAAAAGAUUAA